AUGGGCAACGCACACCUUCACAAUCGACCCAGUGACAAAGUCCAAGUAGAGAGCGCUCAGAAGCAAGACGUAUCGACGGGGUAUCCAGGGACAGGAAAACGAGGUUGGAAGAUGCAGAGAAGCGAUGGCAAGGUUAUCCACAAGGCACUUAACGAGACUAUCUAUAAGGCACUUAACGAGACUAUCUACAAGGCACUUAACAAGGUUUUCCACAAGGUUAUGUACAAGGUUAUCCACAAGGCACUUAACACGGUCAUGUACAAGAUUAUCUGCAAGGUUGUGUACAAGUUUCUCGACGAGGCAAUUAACAAGCUGCUAAAAAGCUUCUAA